GAAAAGAAAAGAAAAGGAGAGAACCAAAUUCACUACGUCUCAUUGAUUCAUUCAUUCACUUAACUUCACUCUCUCUCUCUCUCUCUCUCUCUCUCUCUCGCUCUACUACACGAGCAACAUGACUCUCGUUGGGGUCUUAGCUUUACAGGGAUCUUUCAACGAACACAUAGCAGUUCUUAGGAGGUUAGGGGUGAAAGGUGUGGAGAUUAGGAAGCCAGAGCAGCUUCAAAAUGUUACUUCCCUCAUCAUACCUGGUGGAGAAAGCACCACCAUGGCCAAGCUUGCUGAGUACCAUAACCUGUUUCCUUCACUUCGAGAGUUUGUGAAAAUGGGAAGGCCUGUUUGGGGAACCUGUGCAGGGCUCAUAUUCUUGGCUGAUAAAGCUACAGGACAGAAGACUGGUGGACAACAACUGGUUGGUGGACUUGAUUGUACUGUCCAUAGAAAUUUCUUUGGCAGCCAGAUUCAAAGCUUUGAAGCCGAGGUUUUAGCACCAGAGGUUGCAUCAAAAGAAGGCGGUCCUGAAACUUUUCGUGGAGUUUUCAUUCGUGCUCCAGCAAUCCUUGAAGCUGGGCCAGAAGUUCAAGUUCUGGCUGAUUAUCCUGUCCCUUCUAACAUAUCAACAAGUCCCUAUUCCUCUGGUGAAGAGCAAAAGGAGAAUGUUGAACAAAGUAAAGUUAUAGUUGCUGUCAGACAAGGGAACAUACUAGCCACUGCUUUCCAUCCUGAAUUGACAGCAGAUACUCGCUGGCAUAGUUAUUUCUUAAAGAUGGCAAAUGAGAUUGCAGAGACUUCAAAUAGCCAACUCCAACUCCAAGUUAAUAUAAAUUAUAGCCAAAAGCAGCUGAAUGAACUUCCAAUCUUCCAAUAGAACAGGCAAUGAUCAAGCUUAUCAUGGCAACUAUGGAUGAAUAUUUGUUUAUUUAGUGAUGUGCAAUUUCCUUUGAAAAUGACGUUGGAUAAGUUUUAUAGUCAUGGGAUGUCUAAUGAUUUUUUUAGGCUGUGAAUAGCUAAAUAAUUAGUCUUUAGUCAUUUUUUUUCUUUUUGUUUUUAGACCUAUUUGUCUCUUUCUGUACCUCUAAAGGAUUCACGAAAACUCUCUUUUUACCAAGUUUUUUUUUUUUUUUUGAAUAAAGUGACAAAUAAACUUCUGAAAAUAUACACUUCGAAUAGAUUAGUCCCUUAAAAAAAAAUACUAAUAAAGUUUUUCACGAUAACAAAUAUGGACACACUAUCUUUAAAUUAGUCUUUAUGAUUAGGAUAGAAAGUCUUAAUUUGAACCAACUUGUCCACGUUUGUUAUUUUGGAGAAUUUUAUUGGUAUUUUUUUUUAAGGAUUAAUUUGUCUGAACUGUAAAUUUUUAGGGGGAUUAUUUGUCACUUUACUUUUCUUUUGUUAUUUUCUUUUAUUGGUGGAUGUAUUGUUAAUUUUUAACUUUUUAAUUUAUUUUUUUAUUUUUUUUCA